GAACUCAGGACCUCUGGAAGAGCAACCACUGAGCCAUUUCUCCAGCCCCCGGCACUAAUUUUGAAGUGCUACAGUAUGUACCAUAUGCUCAGUUUAUGAGUCUCUUUGAUAGACAAAGUCAGUAUUCGUCAGUAUUCCAACAAAGGCCGCAUUCCAAACUCCUCACUGGGGAAUUCUGGGCAGGGAGUCUACAGGUGAGCCACGCCUUCUCUAGUUGGAAGUGGGACCAAACAGAGUGGCCACUUAGUGGCUCCCUCAACUGUGUCCCUUGCCCACGCCAAGGAGCUGAGUCUCCUCAGAGCUGGGAUAGAUGGUUUUAUAAGUCUGUUAGAACGGUUGUACUCCCCUCAUUACCAGACUGUGGACUUUCACCAAGGCUGGGACAGCCAGUCUUCACAAGGCCCUGGACUAACAGGGUUCAAAGCCUCUUCACCCCACACAUCCUCUCCACAGCUCCACCUCCUCCUUUGUCUCCUAAAGGACCAGCCUCACUCUUCAGGUCCUCAAGCCCGGUCCCUCAGCUGGAAACCCUUCCCUGAAUUGUACUGACUGGCCUUGAAUUCAGAGCUUUGUCUUUGUCUCCUGAGUGCAGGAUUAAAGGCACACAAGCACUCUUAACCGCUGAGCUAUCUCUCCAGCCUCUUCACCUUGUUUUUGUCUUAGCCCAGGCUAGCCUAAGACUCACUGUGUUGUCUCAGCUUGACUUGAGACUAGUUGCAGUUCUCCUGCUUCUCCAGAGUUGCUGAGAUUACAGCUUGCAGCCCCCUCGCCAAGCCAACAUGAGUGCCGAGUUGGAGCUACUGUGGCCAUUGUCAGUCCCUCUGCUGCUGCUGUUGGGGGCCACAGCCUGGUUGUGUGUCCACUGUUCCCGCCCAGGGGUGAAGAGAAAAGAGAAGAUCUAUGAGCAGAGGAACCGGCAAGAAGAUGAAGAGAGCUUUACCGUGACUCAGACCUACUCCUUGGCCAGGCCAGUAUGGCCAGGAUCCCUGAUGGACACAGCCUCGGACAAGUCACUGGAAAGGAAGAACAAGCUGCUGUUCUCUCACGGCGAAGGUCCUGAGUCCCUUAGGUACCAGAACUUCUACAAAGGAAGCAGACAUGGGCCUGACGCUGCCUACGUAGAUCCCAUCCCCACGGACUACUACAAUUGGGGAUGUUCCCAGAAGCUCCCAGAAGACGAUGAUUCCAACUCCUAUGAGAACGUGCUCAUCUGCAAGCCCACCGCCCCUGACUCAGGUGGCGAGGAAUCUGAGGAUUACCAGAACUCAGUAUCCAUCCGAGAGUGGCGAGAAUCCAGGAGGACUGUGGGUUUGUCCCCCAUGGGCAGAGGCCACCAGGAAGGUGCACAAGCGUCGCCAUCAGGAAGCCCAGAUGAGGAGCCAGAUUAUGUGAAUGGGGAUGUGGCCGCCCGCGGCUGAGACACCUAGGAGAGGCUCAAAGGAAGGAAGGAUCUGAGGGGGACCAUGAGCUGAAGUUCACUGCCUGCUGAAACCUACUUUCCAGGGAUUCUCAGCUUUCGACCUGGCUGCGGCUGCUCCUGGGAGGGGUUCCAGAAUGCCCCAACACAGCCUGGGAGACAAUGGAACUGGCCAGGCUGCAACAUUCAAGCAAUGCCCUGGACUUCUUUGGGAGCAAAGCAGGUGCCUGGGACAUUGGCUGUGGUGACCAGAAGCCCAGGACCGGAGGCAAGCUAUGUCCUGGUACCACAUUUAAAAUAUGGCAUAACACUGGAAUUUGUCCUUUUUUAGAAAAACAAAUGAAAUAAGGUCUCAUUAAAUUGCUCAGGCUGAUCUCAAACUGGCAAUCCUCCAGCUUCAGCCGUAGUGCUGGUAUCUCAGGGUGGAUCACUACACCUGACCUUGUUUCUUUUUCCUCGUUUGGACCUCAGAUUGCCUAUGAACGUUGAUUUCUGGGAAUUGUUACAUGACUGUUUCUGUAGUUGACUUUAACUGUUGGAACCAUAUUUAAUAUUGUCAAUGUCAGGGGCACUUCCUGUCUGAGAGCAUUACACAUAUUAGCUUUAACAGAUGAGUGGGGUGUAGGGUCACCUCAGGUCUCUCCUUGUUCUCUUAGUGGGCUCCAAUUUGCUCAGGUCUUCCAUUCCUGCAGGGACCCUGUGGGGCUGUGAUAGGGAGAGAAAAGUGGCCUCAGCAGCCAUCAGUAAACCCUGAGUUCCCCAGCAGGAACUGCCAUGUCUGCUUUAGUUUAACUUUGGUGUCCGUAGGGCUAAGCGUCUGUCUCCCUGUUCCCUCCAUUCUUUCUUUAAAAAUGUACGUCAUACUGUAUAGCCCUGGCUGGCCAGGAACUUGCUAUAUAAAUCAGACUGGCCUUGAGAUCUGUUGGAAUCUGCUUCCUGGGUAUUGGAAGUAAAGGCACCACCCCACCAGG